AUGAAUUUAGUACAAAUCGAACGAACAUUUAGAAUUGAACAAUUAUUAGAAAAUACAUUGAAAAAAUUUGAAAAUAAAGAUUCAAAUAAUUAUAAACAAAUUGAAAAUAUACUUCAGUCAAAAACAACGAAAUACAUUCCAGCAUCAGUUAUAAUUGAUGCAUAUAAAUUAUCGGAUAAAGACAAUUACCUUCAUGAAAUUUUAACUGGCUGUGAUUUAUUUGUACCAGCUUAUGCUGAACCAGAACGAAAUCCUGAAUUAAAUGAACGUGUUGAAAGAUUGAAAGCUCAACAAGCAAAUCGAGAAUAUGAUGAAAUGACAAAAAAUGUUAAUUUUAAUCGUUUACAUCAAAAUAAAUCUACAGAUUCAUUUAUGCCUGAUAUGAGAUCUAUGCAAGGACAAUUAAUAACUGUUGCAAAUGUUUUCUUAACUAUUGGUGGUGCAUUUGUAUUUGGUUAUAAAGCAGUUGAAUAUUCUGGAAUAAAAAAUUUUCCUCUACAAGUAUCAUGUGGACUUCUCUGUGCAUUUAUUGUCGCUAUUGCUGAUUUGUAUUUUCUUUUUAAACGUUUAAAUACAUUAGAUUAA